CAUUUUGAGUAUUUGUUUUUCAAUGUAAACAACCCCUGUUUAAUGUUUAGUGGACAGCAUACAUUUCUCAACCAUGUCCUGCCAAAUAAAAGGUAGUCCAGUGCAAGGAUCUUUCUCUGCUGCUUCAGAAGGGCACCUUUGAAUGUUGACUCCAAAAGGGCACAAUGGCUAAUGUUCACCUGUGUCUGCUGCUUGCUGGACUCUGUGCUUUAGCCUAUGCUCAUCAUGUUCCUGACCACCACGAGGAUUAUGAACACCAACAUGAUCAUCACUCUGAGCCUUGUCAAAAGAUAGCUGCAGGCAAUGCUGAUUUUGCCUUUAGAUUCUACCACCAGGUUGCUUCAGAUCAGCCUGCUGGCAAGAACAUUUUAUUUUCUCCCCUGAGCAUGUCUACCGCCUUUGCCAUGCUGAUGCUGGGGGCUAAGUCUGACACACUGAAUCAGCUUCUUUCAGGUCUUGGUUUUAACCAGACAGAGGUCAGCGAGCAAGAAAUACAUGAAGGUUUUCUCCAUCUCCUCCAGAAGCUAAACCGCCCUGAUGCUGAAAUCGAGUUCAAUAUUGGGAAUGCCCUUUUCACAAACAAUGAAUUGCAACCACUAGAGAAGUUCCUGAAUGACACCAAACAUUACUAUCAGACGGAAGUUCAUCCUACGGACUUCAAGAAUCUGACAGAAGCUGAGGGCAAGAUCAAUGAAUUCAUUGAGAAGAAAACCCAUGGAAAAUUGGUGGAUGUUGUCAAGGGUCUUGAUCCAGAAGUUGUAAUGGUCCUUGUAAACUAUAUGUUCCUCAAAGCCUACUGGAAAGAACCUUUCAAUCCUCUGAGCACUCGAGAAGGUGACUUCUAUGUGGAUGAAGAAACAACAGUGAAAGUUGAUAUGAUGAAAAAAGAAAGCCUUUUUAAGAGUUAUUUUGACAAUGAUCUAUCCUGUCAUGUGGUGCAGCUCCCGUACAAAGGCAGUGCUUCUGCAUUGUUCAUUCUGCCCAAACAAGGGAAAAUGAAACAGGUGGAAGAAGCAUUGGGAACAGCUCUUGUGGCAAAGUGGUUGAAUUCAUUGCAGUCAAGGAGAAUAGAUCUGUCCAUCCCCAAAUUCUCAAUGUCUAGUAGUUAUGAUGUCAAAGAAAUAUUACAAAAAAUGGGAGUUACUGAUGUAUUCACAAAUGGAGCAGACCUAUCUGGAAUCACUGGGAAGCGCAACUUGAAGGUUUCCAAGGCUGUUCACAAAGCUCAUCUGAACGUCCAUGAGAAUGGCACAGAAGCUGCAGCUGCCACUGUCCUUGAAGUAGUUUUUUUUACUUCCUUUACCCCUUCAAUUCAAUUUAACCAUCCCUUCUUUAUGGUUUUUGUUAAGGAAGAUAAGAUAGUACUCAUGGGAAGAGUUGCAAACCCAGUUGGAAACUAAUCGCACCAAUAGUAUUCUUCUUGCAGCCCUGACCACUUAGACCUGGUUUAAUGUAUAGUGUGAAUGAAAAGGUCUUUAGAACGCAGUUACUUUCAGAAAUGUCACUGAUAUACAUUUUUCCCAACAAAUUGAACACUGAUGUGAUAAAUAAGUCAAGCCGGAGUGUCACUUUCUCCAAUAUAUAAUUCCUAAUUUAAAAUAAAUGAAAUCAUCAACCUAAAAAUA